AUAGCGCCACGUCGUUGGGUGACGUCAUCACGCUGCUCUGGGCGACGGUUCGGCUGCCGAGGAGCUGCUUAGCAGGGCAUUAUUCAUCCGGUUAAUGUGGAGCAUUUCCCCGACCGCUUCUUCGGGGUCGUGUUCCCGUCUGUAAGCGAGCUGUCCUCGGUGUUCAGGGACCGCGGUGCAGAGCCUCUCUAGUGCGGGGAACGCGGUGCAGAGCCCCGGGCCUGCGGGAGGAAUAGGCCAUUGGAGCUGGAGACCAUGGAGUCGGAGACCAUGGACCCGGAGGACGGAGCGGUGUACCAGGACGACCCGGGGAGCUCGGCCGUGAUGUCGGAGCGGGUCUCCGGCCUGGCCACCUCCAUCUACCGCGAGCUGGAGAGGCUGAUCGGGCGGUAUGACCGGGACGUGGUGAAGGAACUGAUGCCGCUGGUCGUGGCCGUCCUGGAGAACCUGGACUCGGUGUUCGCCGAGAACCAGGAGCAGGAGGUGGAGCUGGAGCUGCUGAAGGAGGACAACGAGCAGCUGGUGACCCAGUACGAGAGGGAGAAGGGGAGGAGGAGAGCGGCCGAGGAGCGGUUCAUAGAGUUCGAGGACUCCCAGGAGCAGGAGAAAAAGGAGCUCCAGCUCCAGGUCGGCCGCAUGGAGUCUGCCUCCCGCCAGCUGGAGCUCAAGAUCAAGAACUACGCAGAGCAGAUUGGCAGGUUGGAGGAACGGGAGUCAGAGCUGAAGAAGGAAUUCAGCGCCCUGCACCAGAGACACACGGAGAUGAUCCAUAACUACAUGGAGCACGUGGAGAGGAUCAAGAUUCAGCAGAUGAGUGACAGCACCGAGUUGGGACCGCUGGGCCGAGUCAGGAAGGAGCGGCCCAUGUCUCUCUGCAUCUUCCCCUCGGCAGGGGGGGCCUCGGGGGCCCCGACCGACCCUCCAGCUCUGGCAGAGACCCCCAGCACCGCGGGCUGGCCUCUCAAGGACCCUGCGCAGCCCCGCUCCAGCACCAGCCUCAAGCCCUGUGAUUUGGACGAGCCCUCAAAGUCCAGGCAGCUUGAGGGUUCGCAGGACGCUGCUUGGGGAAACUCAUUGGCAGACGACUGCAAGGAGGAGCUGUCCAACCUCAGCGGCUUCAAGCCAGCAGCCCCGAGGACCCCAGCGGACCCAGGCCCCGAGGGGGAGGAGCCGGGGGGCAGGAGGGCCGAGGGGGCAGGGGCAGGGGCCAUACCUGAGGGGGAGAAAGAAGAGACGUCGGACAUGCAGGACCUCAUUGAGUCGACCCCCGAGCUGGACAUGGACCUCAGCGGCUACAAAGCCUCCAGCACCCCGACCAAAGGGAUUGAGAACAUUGCUUUUGACCGCAACACAGAGUCACUGUUUGAGGAGCUGUCCUCCGCAGGCACCGGCAUCAUCGGAGACGUGGACGAAGGAGCAGACCUCCUGGUGGAGUAUUCCGGUAUGGGACGCGAGGUGGAGAACCUCAUCCUGGAGAACACACAGCUUCUGGAAACCAAGAACGCGCUGAACGUGGUGAAGAACGACCUGAUAGCGCGGGUAGACGAGCUUGGCUGCGAGCGCGAGGUCCUGCAGGGGGAGCUAGAGGCCGUGCUGACGGCCCGCAGCCGCCUGGAGGACCGCAACCGGGAGCUGGAGGACGAGCUGAAGAAAGUGCGCCUGGAGAUGGAGGAGAUCAGGCAGAAGUCUAAGGAUGGAGAGGAAGACAGCGAUGUUCCCACGGCCCAGAGGAAGCGCUUCACGCGGGUGGAGAUGGCCCGCGUGCUUAUGGAGAGGAACCAGUACAAGGAGAGACUGAUGGAGCUGCAGGAGGCCGUCAGGUGGACCGAGAUGAUCAGGGCCUCUAGGGAAAACCCAGCGCUGUCGGAGAAGAAGAAAUCCAGCAUCUGGCAGUUCUUCAGCAGGCUCUUCAGCUCCGCCCCCGCCCCCGCCAGUGGCUCCGCCCUGAAGAAGGCGGAGCCUCAGCCCAACAUGAAGUACAAUGCCCCCGGUGGCCUGGUGAAGAGGAGCAGCACCUUCUCCCAGUUCCCCACCGAGAAGUCUAAGACGCUGGACUUCCUGAACGAAGAGAUUGACCCGUGCAGCUCCCCGUCCCGUAAAGAGCAGAAGAGGGCCCAGUACCGGCAGGUCAAGGCCCACAUGCAGCGGGAGGAGAGAAGGGGGGAGGACGGCCGCGUCACUGCCCACGGCUGGAGCCUCCCGGGCAAGGCCAAGGUGUCUGAUGGGGGUCAGACGGAGAACAAGAUGAAUCUCCCAGUGCCCGUCUACCUGAGGCCUCUGGAUCAGAAGGAUGCUUCUAUGAAGCUGUGGUGCGCCGCGGGGGUCAACCUGUCGGGGGGCCCGACCCCCCCCCUGGUGGAGGGGCCGACCGGCUCCCAGAGCAGCCUGGACCAGCUGGAGCACGACAAGGAGCAGGAGGGGGGGGAGCCCCAGGAGGAGGUGGGGGUAAGGAGCAGCAGGGUGUGGUUGUGUAUCAGCACCCACUCCUCCACCAAGGUGCUGGUGCUGGACGCCUCGCUGCCCUCGGAGCAGCUGGACAGCUUCUACGCCUGCAAUACCCACGUGCUCUGCAUCGCCAGCGUGCCCGGCGUUCUGGAGACGGACUUCUCUGCGGGCCAGGAGCCCUCCCUGGACCCCGAGGGGGGGGGGGACCAGGCCUCUCUGGCGGGCAGCGUGGGCUCAGCGGGCAGCGACGGGCCCCCGGCCCCCGAGGGCACCACCGCCGUGCCCCAGACCGCCAGCGCCCGCGUCUCCACUGGGGAGCACCCCCCAGACACAGUGCCGCUGUCCAGGGAGGGCAGCCCCCUGGAGGAGGGGCCCCCCGCGGAGGACGAAGCCCCCCAGGAGGACGGGGGGGUCCCCACGGCGGAGGAGGCCACCGAGGCCACCGAGGCCAACGCGGGCGAGGAAGAGGGCCAGGAGGAGGGGGCCCCGGGGCCCGCCCAGAGCCAGACCUACACUGAGCACGUGUUCACCGACCCGCUGGGAGUGGGGCCCGCAGAGGGCCCCAGGGCCCGCACUGAGAGGGAGCCGGACGGAGCCACGCCCCAGUCUGAGGACCAAUCAGAGGGAGAGGUGCUGCGAAUGAGCAGUUCCCUGCCCACCAUGUGGCUGGGGGCCCAGAACGGAUGCCUCUACGUCCACUCGGCAGUGGCUCGCUGGAGGAAGUGUCUCCACGCCAUCAAGCUGAAGGACUCCAUCCUCAACAUCGUCCAUGUGAGAGGCAGGGUGCUGGUGGCGCUGGCUGAUGGGACGCUGGCCAUCUUCCACAGGGGGGCUGACGGGCAGUGGGACUUGACCAAUUACCACCUGCUGGACCUGGGCCGGCCGCACCACUCCAUCCGCUGCAUGGCCGUGGUGCAGGACAAGGUGUGGUGCGGCUACCGCAACAAGAUCUACGUCAUCCAGCCCAACGCCAUGAAGAUAGAGAAGGUUCUGGACGCCCACCCCCGUAAGGAGAGCCAGGUGCGGCAGCUGGCCUGGCUGGGCGACGGGGUCUGGGUCUCCAUCCGCCUGGACUCCACCCUGCGGCUCUUCCACGCCCUGACCCACCAGCACCUCCAGGACGUGGACAUAGAGCCCUACGUCAGCAAGAUGCUGGGGACCGGUAAGCUGGGCUUCUCCUUCGUGAGGAUCACGGCCCUCAUGGUCUCCUGCGGCCGGCUGUGGGUCGGCACUGGGAACGGGGUCAUCGUCUCCAUCCCCCUGUCGGAGGCCGGUCAGACAGCGGGCCUGGGGGCCCAGCGGCCUGGGGGGGCCCAUCGGCCCGGGGGGGCGGUGCGCAUGCUGGGGGAUGAGGGGGGGGAGGGCGGGCCGGCCGUCCCGUACUGCUCCAUGGCCCACGCCCAGCUCUGUUUCCACGGACACCGCGACGCUGUCAAGUUCUUCGUCUCCGUGCCCGGUACCGAUUCAUGUCUUCAUCUGUUCCGGUGGUCUACGUCUGUGUGUUCUGUGGGGGAUCUGUCUCCAGGCCAGGCCGUGCCCCCUCAGGGCGGGGCCGACUCGGGCUCUGACGACCCCCCCUCCGAGUCGUCAGAUGCCCCCGAGCCGCGAAGCUUCCUGGUGAUGAGCGGGGGGGAGGGCUACAUCGACUUCAGGAUGGGGGACGAGGGCAGCGAGCUGGACGGCCUGCUUGAACCAGCGGACGGACAGACGGCCAGCGCCCCCAAGACAGAGCGGAGCCACCUCAUCGUGUGGCAGGUCGCGGCCGGCCGGGACUGAGGGUCCGGGACUGAGGGUCGUCACUGCGUCAGACCCUCCUCAUCUGCUCAUUCUGUUCCAUGGUUAUCCCAGAGUAGACCAGUACUUUUAUACAAACGUGCUUUCUACGGGUGGUGUUGUGUCAGGACCCCAGUCUGACGUCGGGGGGGAUCCGUCCAGGGGAUCCGUCAAGGGGGAUCAUGUUUUAAGCUUCUUGUUUACUGUCGUAUGCUACAGCAGCCAGUCGUCUGACAAAGAGAUCAAAUGAAGAUUCAGGUUUUCUCUUUCUUCUGAAAUGUUUCCUCAUCAUGGAUUAUUUUUAUGCAUUAGGGAAGUGUGUGUGUCCUACAGUUAGUGUUUGAAUGUCUUUUUAAAGGUGUCUAUGUGUGCAUGAACGAGCUACCUUCUUUCCUUUUAUGUUGCCAUGAAACUCCAUGCCUAAACUAAUCUAAAUCCUGGGGUUGAGGAUCGGGUUGCUCCAGAAUGAUCUGGCAUGAUCCAAAAAAGGAAGCGGAUUAAAGGAACGUCCUGAUUAGUCUGUUUGUCGAACCGCUGGAAUGCAUGAGGAACCUUCUGAAACCCAUCUCCGUCCAACCCCCCUGCUCGUUCUGACCCUCACUCCCCUCACUCCCACCCCUCCCUCCCUCUCCUCCUCUCCUCCCCUCCCUCCUCCUCUCCCCUCCUCCUCCCUCCCCCCCAGUCAGUCUUCCGUUCUGCUCACCGUCUGCACUUUAACUGUAGCUGUAGUGGCCUGAGGCUCAGAGUCCUGUGCUAUUAGAAACCUGUACUAACGAGUGAUACUGAGGAAUACUGUGUGAGGAAACAGACCUCAGAUUUGUUUAAGAGUCAUCCGCCCACUGGACAAAAGGAGAAGGAGGAAUUGUCAGUAGAAGAUCCUUUUGGCUUUACAUUUUCUAAAUCUUGUUUAUGACGAUUUGAAGGAUGCUUAUUUUUGUCAUCAACAUGGAAGAUUAGCAGGGAACUUUAUUUACAUUUUUUGUGUCUGGCACUUUUAAAUAGUUUCAAUGUUAAUGUUGGAGAAAGAGUCUCUCCUUUUACUGAAUCCUGCUUCUAUUCUUUGAUUGCCUUUUUCUCCCGUUUGCCAUUUAAUGCGUCUGUCCUGUCUGGGGGGCUUUAAUGUCCUCAGUAUUUCAACAGUGUCUGUAGUUACUUUAGCAGGACCACCUACUUUGAGUUCGCCGUUUUGUUUGCCAUUUCAUUCCAAUUUUAAUGACACAAAUAUCAUGUUUCCAUUCCAGUAUUUAUUUUUGGUAUUUUUGGUUUGUUUAUUGAGCCUGUUGCUGGUUCAGAAUGUAACUUUCUACAUUGAGACUCUAAAAGUUGGUUAUGGUUUGUUCCAAAAAGGUUUACAUGAUUGUAAAUAAUGGUUAAAAACGAAUUUUAAGCAAACCAUAAAUUCAUACGAAACGUUUAUUUGGACGAUUUCUUUUUCUAACGAAACAUUCAUUGUAUAAAGCUAUGCAUGUUUUUUAAGAGACCAUCGCUUACUCUCACCUGCAUUUACCGCCGCUCUCCUGGGGGGCGCUGCGGAGUGCCGCAAUACCGCCCUUCUCCUGGGGGGCGCUGUGGAGCAGUACCGCUGCUCUCCCGGAGGGCGACGCAGAGUGGUGCAGUACCGCCGCUCUCCUGGGGGGCGCUGCGGCGCGGUUUGUGUAGGUGGGCGCUGACACACUCGCCCUGUAGUGCAUCAGACGUGCGGUGUGUGCGUCGUGUGCUUGAUGUGUGUUUCUGUACAGCACAAAGAACACGUUUUGUGUAGGGACUCCAUUUCAACACGAGUGUGGUGUUAAAGGGUUAAACCGCGUCAUAGUCUUAUUUUUAACAAUGUAUUAAAACUCUUAUCUCAUGGAAA